CAACAAUUCCCAAGUUCUCGCCAAAAAGAUGGAUAAGCUUAUCACAUGGGGUAGAGAGCACGGUGCAGUGAUAUCGGAACAUUUGCAGUUCGAGAAUGGGACGGCAUUCGCAAAGGAAGGCGUUCCAGCACAGACGACGCUCUUGACUUGCCCGUAUGAACUCGCCAUCACCCCAAAGGUGGCGAAGUCUUUCUUUCCUGACUCAUGGUCUGUGGCUGUUCCUACUCAUACAGCUCUUUGCAUGUUCUUGACUGCGCAAAGACAUGAUCCUCAAUCGAAAUGGGCACCUUACAUCAACGUCUUGCCGACGACUUUCGAUACUCCGGCGUAUUUUGACGCGGAUGAUCUGAAAUACCUGACCGCGACAAACUUGUUCGCGUCGUGGAAAGAAAGGAUUGACAUUUGGGAAGACGAAUGGAGGACAGCAGUGAAUUUGCUUCCGACGGAAUACGACAAGGAGGCAUUUACCUGGGACGAUUAUCUUUGGUCGGCGACCGUCUUGUCUUCUAGAUCAUUUCCUUCGCGGCUGCUUGAUGAUGGUCCUUCUGACUCUUCUCCUGAGGCGUCCGAUCCCGUAUUGUUUCCUAUUGUCGACUCCCUGAACCACAAGCCUCGAACUCCGGUCACCUGGCUGAAGGAGGCUGGCCAGUGUCUCAAGCUGAUCGCCGAGGACGAACAUCGCGCAGGUGAAGAAGUUCGUAAUAACUAUGGACCAAAGGGCAACGAGGAGCUCUUAAUGGGCUACGGGUUCUGUAUUGAACCAAAUGAUUUUGAUUCAGUAGCUCUUCGUAUGGGUUUGCCGCCGAAUGUCUCGCCGCUUAAGCUCGACCUUCUGCGGAAAGCAGGUCUGCUUGAUGAAGUUGACGGUCUAACGCGGUUCAAGGUACAAUAUCUGACCCAUGAAGACCCCUUCCCAGAAGACUUACAGAAGCAGUUCCGCGUUUUGACUGCUACUGAUAUGGAGGUUGCGGUUAUGGCAGACGAUCUGUCCGGUACUCUCCGAAAUGAAUGUGACAUGAUCUACCAAGCAUGUGUUGCCGUUGACAUGAAGCUCACGCGAAUAUGUGUCGCCACAGACAAUUUGCCGCUACCGCAGAACUCAAGGCAGGAAUGGGCCAUGGUGUAUCAACGUGGUCAAGAGCAUGUCCUGAGGAAAGCGCUUGAGGCUGCAGAGUCAAACCUUGAAGAACUUGUGAACCCCCUCAACAAAGUUCAAUGGGAAAACAUGGGUCAUGAAAAGCCGGAUAGUGCUGACAUCAUCAAUGAGGCAGGUCUGUCAUCGGAUCAACUCCUAGGUAUUCCAAACGAGUAUGACGAGACCCUGCACGUGUCCGCCGCGUUUCGCGAUCUCGUCGAAGUCAUCUUUGGUUCUGGAGAGCCGGACACGAUCCGCGAGAAUGACGAAGAAAUCCUUUUUCUGGCUCUUUUUCUUGUCCACGAAAGGUACAAGCAGGGGAAACGAUCAUACUGGGCCGAAUGGUUGGAGAACAUGGCCGUCAAACAUGACGAGUCACCAAACAGACACGACGAUGACAAUAACAAUGACGAAGAGCAUGGUAGAAAGCGAGUGAAGCUUGAUUCUUCUGGGAUCACUUACGAAGCCUUCCAGGAGUUUUUCGAGGAGUUUUUUGAUGUCAUCUCUGAUCGACCGGAGGAGGACUAUUGGACUAUCGGUCGCGUCGAAUGGGCUUUGGCAGUGGUGCGUGAGGAGAGCGUGGUUAUCAACUGGAGACAAACCCCUAAAACUGUCCUUAUUGUUGUACCGGCGCGGCCGCCGCGGAAGUAACUAGCACUAACAGAAACAUUCAAUUGCAAUAAAUGAACAAAUCAGACUUGAAUUU